ACUGUGUGUAGUCAGCUCAUGGGCUGGUGACAACUAACAGCCAUCCACACCAUUCCACUGCUUUAGCCAAACUUACUUCAUACACAAAGGUUGUAAAACUUUGUUGAAAUUUCUGGAGGUGGGAGGUUUUAUGGUGAAGAGCACCGGAAUCGUCAGAUAAACGAUUGUAUCACCGGACGAUCGGUGGUUCAAGUAAUUGGGCAAGUAGCCACUGUUACUGUCACUAGCUGCUGACAACUCGACAGGAUGUUGGAGUCGUUGUGCGAGUUCUUUGUUGUACUGGGUAAAGUCAUCUACGCCUGGCUCGAAGCUGUCUUCCUCUUCUUCGUCCCCACCAGUUUCAUCGCCAAGGACAUCUCUGGUCAGACCGUCCUCGUCACAGGAGCAGGAAGCGGUAUAGGUCGACUCCUGGCCUUGGAGUUCGCGUCUCACAGUUGCCGUUUGGCAUUAUGGGAUGUAAACAGCUCGGGCAAUGAGGAGACCGCCGCCAUGGUCAAGAAGUUGGGGACCGUCGCCCGCACCUACACCGUCGACGUCUCCGACAAGGACAACGUGUACGCCGCCGCCAAGAAGGUGAUGUCAGACCUCGGGUCUGUGGACAUCUUGGUGAACAACGCGGGCAUAGUGACUGGCCGGAAGUUCCUGGACUGUCCAGACUCCAUGGUGCUAAAGACCAUGCAAGUCAACAGCAUGGCUCAUUUCUGGACAGUGAAAGCCUUUCUGCCCAGUAUGAUGAUUCGAAAUCACGGCCACAUAGUCACCAUAGCCAGCUCUGCCGGGUUGCUAGGGGUCACCGGACUAUCGGAUUACUGCGCCAGCAAGUUCGCUGCUGUGGGCUUUGACGAAUCCCUGCGCAACGAACUCAUGGCCCAAAACAAGGAGGGAAUCCACACAACAGUUGUCUGUCCUUACCUGAUCUCCACGGGCAUGUUCGACGGCUGCUCUGUCAGAUUCCCCUGGCUCAUGAAUGCCCUGGAGCCAGAGUAUGUCGCACAUCAAAUCAUGAAAGCCAUUCUACGCAACCAGGAGUUUAUCAUCUUACCGCAUGUGCUCUACUGCUUUUAUGCAUUGAAAGGCAUUCUUCCAGUCAAGUGCGCUUGGCUUCUUCAAGACUAUCUGGGAGCUUCAGCAAUGAUGGACACCUUCAAAGGGCGUGUGGCUAACUGACGGCAUAUUUUAACCCUCGACUUUUAAAGCCUUGAUUAGCUGCCAUUGAGAAACUGCCUUUCCUUUCACCUGCCUCACCCUGACUGUCGAACACCUGUGUGAAAACCGCGAAUGUUCAGCCCAGAAGGACCGCCUUGUCAUUUUGUCACCAGGGCAACUGUGAUAGCAGAAUACAUUCUGUGUCUAGCGAAAAAACUUUACUUUUUAUGCCAAGACUUUUUUCCGAGGAAGGUUGGGAAAGACUCGCUGCUUUAGCCAGUUCGGUGACGGUGUCAGUUCAAGGUUUUGACCUUCGGUGGUGUCUUGGAGAUUUUGUCAUGUCGGUGGAAUGAGCCAGCAUUCCCACAAUUAUCUCCUAUUGUAUGAUUGCUUUGAUUUUUCUCACUCACCACUUCUGAGUGAACACAGCACCCUAUCAUGAUUUCCACACCGUAAUUUUAUUUAACCUGUAGUUGAGAGAAGUACCAAACGAGCCUUUCAACAGCUUCUGUACACAUCUUUGGUUCUUGACACAAAGUACUGGUUACUGAAGCUGUUGAUGCUAGACAAGUUUAUUGUUUACAAAAAAAUAAGAGUUAAGACUGAGCAACAAAUCAAGACGUUUUUAUAAAUCAUGAAGUCAUUGUGGCGAUAGUUUAACUACAACAGCUGUUUGUGUGCGAGAGAGAGAGAUAGUUGUUCACAUUGACUUUUCUGUGGUUGCUACAAAUAUGAAGCUGAAAGCGUCGAUUAUUAUGUUUAUGUGCAUAUACAUGCAUAUGCAUAUGUUCUGUAAUUCUCCUCAUCCUAAGCAUGCGCUGAGUGUUGCAUCUUUGGUGCGUACAUCUUCAUGCAAAGAAAAAGCUGUAUUAAAUCAGCCCUGAUGUUGAUCUAAAAAACACACAUCUUGAAUAUUACACAACUUGAGUAUGAAAAAUAAAAAACAAUCAUAACAU